GACAUCUGACGACAAUCUGCCGAUCAUAGACAGCGGGAUGUUGCGGGGACAGGACUGGAUCGGACAGGGCGGGUUCGCCAGCGUCUGUAAGUCCUGGCACAGGGAGUGGAGGAUGAACGUCGCGGUCAAGUUCAUCAGCAAGCUGGAAAUGGCGGCAAGUGAACAACAGCUGCUGUACUCCGAAGCCCGGAAGCUAAAGGCUGCCAGCGUGUCCCCCUACAUUAUCGAGUUGUACGGAGUGUGCCUCAGGCCGCACUUCGCGCUGGUCAUGAGCUACAUGGAGAACGGCUGUCUGGGCUCGCUGCUGCGUCAUGUGGAUGUUCCCUGGGCGCUUAGGUGGAGAAUGACGUAUGAGAUCUCCCUGGCCAUGAACUUCCUGCACUGCCUGGACCCGCAGAUUCUCCACUGUGACCUGAAGGCCGCAAAUGUCCUGCUGGACGACGACUAUCAUGUCAAAAUAACUGACUUCGGCCUGUCCAAGUGGAAGAGCAGGUCCCUGGUGCUGACCACCGUCAGUCCCAUGGGGACCACCAUCACACACGCCCCGCCGGAGUUCCUCAAGGACGUCAACCGUCUGCCUGAUGCUUCUUUUGAUGUGUACAGGUGCGAAACUUCACUACAGCAUCAUGAUCACUUCUGA